UCUUUUUUCUUGUAUUCUCUUUCUUUUAUUUAUCAUGUGUGGUCGUUUUUGCUGUUCACUUGAGCCUAAUACCAUUCGUAUGAGGCUACAAGAAGAAAAAGUACUUGAACAAUCAGACAUCGAAUGGGUCAACGAAGAAAAGUAUCAUACCAGCUAUAACUUUUGUCCAUGGCAAUUUGUACCCGCCUUAUUUGAACAUGGACAAAAGCAUACCAAAUUGAUUCAGUCUAUGCAAUGGGGCUUUAUUGCUUCCUGGAUAAAAAAUGCAAGUUAUCAAAGACCUAUCAAUGCACGCUCAGAAACCUUAAUUGAGAAUCAACAUGGUCUUUUUCAGAAAUCCAAGAAUGCAUUUCGGUGUGUGAUUGCUGCUGAAGGAUUCUAUGAAUGGAAUAAGAAAAAACAACCUUUUUAUAUCAAGCGAAAGGACGGCCAACUCAUGCUUUUUGCAGGAUUAUAUGCCACUUCAAAUGUAGAUGGAAAAGUUUUGACAACUUGCGCCAUCGUUACUACGGAAACAAACAAUCAAGCGUUUCAAAAGAUACACAAUCGAAUUCCUGUUAUUUUAGAACCGCAAGAUGUCAAUACUUGGAUUGAUAAAACAAAAUCAUUUACAGAUAAAACAAGUGCUUUAUUGAGGCCAUUUGAAGGCGAAUUAGACAUUUAUCAAGUGUCUACUGAUGUCAAUUCUACUAAAGUAGACUCAUCUACGCUUAUUCUACCUUUAGAUCAAAAAAAGAGUUCAAUAUCUCGCUUCCUUCAACCUUCAACAACGCAUGAUGAAUCGAAAAAGUCAACCCCAGAUAUUGACAAGGUAAAAUACAGCCAUACAAUUGUAUUAUCUUACCGUCUAUUCUAGCCCAUAUUCAACGAAAGAAAAAGAAGAUCCAGUGGGGACAAUAGUCAAAACCAGCCAAAAUCAGCCAAAAUCACAAACUUUUUUACCAAAAAAUCAUCAUCUUAAUCUUACAUAAUAAAAAACA